AAAUAGAUCCUAUCCUAGGGCGGGGAAAGCCAAACCCUCCAUUUCCAUGGAAGAAGAAGACGAUUUCCUUUCUUCCGAUUCUCAUUGCAGUGGCUCUGAUGACGAUGAAUACGAAGAAGGUGAUGGAGAAUCUCAACAAGACCAGGAGGAAUCAUCUGCUGAUUCUCCACCGUCCGAUGAAGACAGGAAAUCGCAGAACGUUGCUGCUCUCGUAAGGGGGAACCUUGUCGUGAAAAGGCAACCGUUACUUCCUCGAGUACUCUCAGUGUCAGAAGGUGCGGCGGUUGCUCGAAAACCAUUCAAACCUCCAUGUUCAAAUGGGUACAGAGAUCAGAACGGAGAGCUUGUCCGACGCCUUUGGGCACGUAAGAAGUUUGUGCCCUGGGGCUCUUCAAGGCCAGCAUUGGUUGCAAUUAACAACCGUUUUAGUAUUACCACUGUUAUUGAAAAAGAUGGAUUGGAGGAGAGUGAGCCUCUGCCCCCUGGGGUUGAGCCACUGGUUUUGUGGCAGGCUGAGGAAUCUGAAGAGGGUGGUGGGGGUUUGGCUCAGAUAGUGGUAGAUCCGUUGCUCGUACGUUUUCUUCGUCCUCAUCAAAGAGAAGGGGUGCAGUUUAUGUUCGAAUGCGUUUCUGGCCUAUCCAGUUCUGCUGGAAUUGCAGGAUGCAUUCUAGCGGAUGAUAUGGGUCUCGGAAAGACAUUACAGUCAAUCACACUGCUGUAUACUCUUCUUCACCAGGGAUUUGAUGGAAAACCGAUGGUUAAAAGGGCAAUGAUUGUUACCCCCACAAGCCUUGUCAGCAAUUGGGAGUCUGAGAUUAAUAAAUGGGUUGGGGGGAGAGUUCAGCUUAUUUCUCUAUGUGAAAGCACCCGAGCUGAUGUUGUUUCGGGUGUUGAUAGUUUCCUAACACCUUGCAGCCCUUAUCAGGUAUUAAUUAUAUCUUACGAGACAUUUCGAAUGCAUUCAGCAAAGUUCGAGAAAAGUGGAUGCUGUGACCUUCUCAUAUGUGAUGAGGCUCAUAGGCUAAAAAAUGACCAGACAUUGACAAAUCGGGCACUGGCUGCUCUUCCGUGCUGCCGUCGCAUUUUAUUGUCAGGAACCCCGAUGCAGAAUGAUUUGGAGGAGUUUUUUGCCAUGGUUAACUUUACCAAUCCUGGAGUAUUGGGAGAUGCAGCAUAUUUUCGUCGUUAUUACGAAACACCAAUCAUAUGUGGAAGAGAGCCUACUGCAACUGCAGAAGAAAGAGCAUUGGGUCUUGAGCGCUCUGCUGAGCUUAGUGCGAAAGUAAACCAGUUCAUAUUGAGGAGGACAAAUGCUUUGUUAUCAAAUCAUUUACCACCAAAGAUAGUGGAAGUUGUCUGUUGCAAGUUGACUCCUCUCCAGUCGGAAUUGUAUUACCAUUUUAUACACUCAAAAAAUGUUAAACGAGCAAUUGUGGAGGAGAUGAAGCGGUCAAAAAUUUUGGCAUAUAUUACGGCUCUUAAAAAGCUCUGCAACCAUCCAAAACUCAUUUACGAUACAAUCCGCAGUGGGGGUUCAGGGACAUCGGGUUUUGAGGACUGCAUACGCUUCUUCCCACCGGAACUCUUCUCUGGAAGAUCAGGAUCAUGGUCUGGGGGUGAUGGUAUUUGGGUAGAAAUGUCUGGGAAAAUGCACGUCUUAGCUCGAUUAUUGGCCCAUCUGCGUCAGAAAACAGAUGAUCGAAUUGUUCUUGUUUCCAACUAUACGCAGACUCUGGAUCUCUUUGCUCAACUAUGUCGUGAGAGAAGAUAUCCAUACUUGAGGCUUGAUGGAACCACAUCGAUUGGCAAAAGACAAAAACUGGUCAACAGCUUUAAUGAUCCUUCUAAGGACGAGUUUGUGUUUCUCUUAAGCAGCAAGGCUGGUGGUUGCGGGCUUAAUUUGAUAGGUGGAAAUCGACUUGUCCUGUUUGAUCCUGAUUGGAACCCUGCUAAUGACAAGCAGGCGGCUGCAAGAGUCUGGAGAGAUGGGCAGAAGAAGAGGGUGUACAUAUACAGAUUUUUAAGCACUGGAACAAUUGAAGAAAAGGUCUACCAGCGUCAGAUGUCAAAAGAAGGACUUCAGAAAGUUAUUCAGCAAGACCAAACAGAUAGCAUGACGCCACAGGGAAACUUUCUAUCGACGGAAGACCUACGUGAUCUUUUCACAUUUCAUGCAGAUGUCAGGUCUGAAAUCCAUGAAAACAUGAACUGUAUUCGUUGUAAGACAGAUGAUUUAAGUGUAGAUGACAGCUCAGAGGAUGUGACUGACGUUGUAAAAGGGAGGGAUUCUACAAAUGGAAAGUGCCAAGCUGAAGAGGGUUCUGAUAUAGGUGGAUUUGCAGAGAUUGCUGGAUGCUUGCAUAAGUUGCAAAGCUCAGAGAAACAGCUGGGAACUCCUCUUGAGGAGGAUUUAGGAAGUUGGGGUCAUCAUACUUUUCCAACAUCUGUGCCUGAUGUAAUUCUUCAAGCGUCAGCUGGUGAUGAGGUUACAUUUGUUUUUACAAACCAAGUAGAUGGGAAGCUUAUUCCCAUUGAAUCGAUGAGAAGUUUGAAGGCAAAGGAUUUGUCAGGACCAGAAGACAGCCUCCAAGCAAAGAGAGCUCACAACCAAACACACAUGCGACAAUCCCUAAGACAUCUUGAAAUGCAUUCUCCCACCCAAACAAUCCCAGUACUCCCUUCCAAUGAAGAUUCUAGUAGAAGUUUGUUCCCUACUCAAUGCAAAUCUUUGGAGUCUGGUAUGGUCGGAUUACAAAGGACAUCAAAAGGGUUGCGUGCGCCAAGAAAGCCUCGCAUUUCCCAUGAGAGUAAAUUGCCCCUGAAGAGAGCAUCUGAUGAUUUUGAUAAACAUGAAGAUGAUUUUGUUUGAUCGUUUUGCCCGCUUAAAAUGUAGUUUUCUCCUUUUUCAAUAGGAAAAAGUGGGAAUUGUUAUACGGGAAAAAGACUCAUGGCCCACAGGGAUCACGGGUGGGAGAUAUGGGGGCUUUAAGUGGGAAACCUACCAAGCUAUCAAAGGCUCUUCCUCCCGCGACAUCAUUACCAAGCUUCUAAUAACUUUCUUACAGUUAGGACGAGCCCAUGUCGUAACCUCAGGCUUAAUUGUGGCAAGUGGGGCCCAUGGUUUGGUAUUGCAUUUGGACGUGCAUGGACAUUCCCUAAAAGUCUCCCAGGUUGGAAGAACCUAGCCACCAAUCCAGAGACUUCUUUUUCGAUUGUACCCUUGUAUUUCUCUUCUUAACAGAGUAAAUGUAGGCCACAAGUUUAAAGCCUAUGAUUUGUACUAAUGAGGCGAAGGUGGGAUGCAAUGGACCCGUGGUCUAUGAGCUAUAUCAAAUCAUGAACCUCACUUGUCAGCACUGAAAACAUACUUGUAGUGUCAGUGCCUUGAUCUACAAAAUUGAUGGUAGAUCAAUGCAUGCUCUUUGCUCUUGAUUCUAAGGGAUUGUUUGGUUUUUGGGGAAUCCAUUUUCUGUUGUCCAUGUUUCCUGGGGAAUGUUAGAGUUCACCUUGUAUUUCUUGUGUAACAACUAAAUUUUAUUUGGUUGUACUUUAUUUCUUGGAAAAACUAGGGAAAAGUCUAAAAUUCUGUUUAA